UACACCGAUGGAUCUGGCUCGCGAUGUCGUUGACCAAGAAGACGACACAUUUGGAUUAUAUGCCAACUCGCCUCGUCGCCGCCAUGGUCACUCAGAUAUUCUUAUACAUGAUAGACAGUGGCUUUCAUUACGGCUACAUAUGCACAGGGGAGGCUUUGGUUUUCCUCCACAACCCAAAAAUUAAUCCCACCAUUGUUCAAAAUAUUCCUUGUGUAUCCCGAAUCAGGAUGUGCAGGACGAUGAAUUGCGCCUCCACCGGACCGCUACCGGCCAAGUGCAUGGGCUCACGCUUCAAGCGCUGGCCGUCGAACCUCUCACUGGAAAUGAGAUCGGAAGUACGCAACGCACGCGCUCGCGCUCGUUGUCAACCAGUCGUAUCUACACCCAAACACUCGUCCACCGAAGGCAGCGGCAAUAUAAAGUACCCCGACUGGAAACCCCACUACAGCCAGAGACACUCCAUCGGACUGCAGGAGUUCACACACCAUUUUCAUUGUCAACUUGCCGGAGGUCGAGUCUUUGGAUUCGAACAGUUGCACACGUGUGGUCGGACAGAAAACCGAUACCUCGGCAAAAAACAGCAUCGUCUUCAAGCGGAAGGUCAACACAUCCCUUGGUACCACGGCAGAAGAAUGACGCAGAAGAUGAUCUUGAGCCGGUCUGGAACGCGGCUUCAGCAUGCGCGCAACAAAGCUCUGGCCGAGAUCUGUUCGUGUGGAGCUACCCACUGCGACAGUGAGUGGCGUAACAUGCUGUGGGAUGACCUGAGUGGCCAUCUGGUUGUAGUUGACCUGGAGGACAUGAAAUGGUUGAAGCGCCCUGGGGCCCUCGAUUACAUCUCGGACAGUACGCAGCGUACUCGCUGCGUCGGAGCGAUGAAAUAUAAGCCCGGCUUCAAAAAGGUGGAGUAUACUGUAAACAGUAUGGCAGUAUCUCAGGCCCUCCCCCUUCGAUCGAAAUCUUUCUAA